AAGAGUGAAAAUCUCAACAUUUUUUAAUACAAAUCCCUUCACACUCUUGUGAAGUAAUGUGGGGAAAGCUGAUUAUGUAACCUUUUAUUCACGCAUUAAUCCAAGCGUGUCCAACUCUUUUGUCUGAGCGGUGUGUGCCGCGAAGCGCUCCGGGCCGAAAGGGGAACUUCAGGAACGAGUCAGUUGAUAUUUAAAACUGCAGCAGAGAGAUAAAUUAACUUCUCAAAAAAAGGAUUGUUUAUUUGAACAGCAGGGCGGACUCUGUUGGGCAAAGAAAGACACGAGUCGGCCCUGCAGUAGCCAGCGCAGCAUUAACCAUUAACUUAUACAAUCACGACCAGAAGUCUUUAUAGUGUUCGGGUAAAUUGGGUGUUUAAUUGGUCUUGACUUUUAUUGCCUCAUUUUCGGCCUAAGCGCUGCAGGUUGAUGUCGAAAGCAGCAUUUUGUGUGAAAUAAAGCUGAUAAUUGAAAGUGAAAAAAGGAAAAGGAAACUCAAGAAAAUAUGAGAAACUCAGCCCUUAACCUGCAGCUUUGAACGCAGAUCUGUAUAUUAGAUAUAUGUCAAGCGCCCUGUAUGCAAAUUCUUUGGUCAGGCUGCAAAUUGGUGGUAUUCCUGGCUUAAGUUUGCACAGAAAAGACCUUUUUGUUGUUUGUAGAUUGUGAUCUUGGCAAUCCGGGAGGGAGAGAAAUGCUCAGCAUUAUCUGUGCUACCAGGAAAGAAGAAGUGUGCGACAUUAACGCAUUUAAAUUGACCUGCCGCUCUGCCCAUUAAUGUGGCGGAGGUGCUGGAGUUCUGCGUCACGUAUAUAUACCUGUGCAAGAUGUGUACCUGCACCAUUCGCUUUAUUAGGACAGAAAUGGCCUCCUCUGAGGGAAACACUCCGACCUAUAAGAUGAUGUCUUUAGACCCUGAUAUCAACCAACACUUUCAGGAUGCAAUAGAUGUGAUCCAGCAGCAUUCACACAACGCAUACUGCGAUCCAGAGGGUAAAUAUUUUGAGACGCUGGGCAGCCAGCCGUCGUCUCUGCAGGUUCAGAUGUCCUACCAUGUCUUCGCACACCAAUCUGACAUCCCAGCUGUAGGCUACGACUGGAGCGAAACGGCUCAGCACUCCUGGCCUCAGGUCAUCCCCGACGUCUCGUUGAGCCACUCGGUGCAGAACGAUUCGCCGCAUUUCUACUCCAUCAUCCCACCGCAGAGGAACAGCAAAGGACGUAAGAAGCUGAGGUUGUACGAGUAUCUCCAUGAAGCCCUUAACGACCCCAGCAUGGGCGACUCGAUACAGUGGACGGACAGCAGCAGCGGCACGUUCCACUUCAUCUCCAAGAACAAAGAGAAGCUGGCCGAGUGCUGGGGCCAGCGCAAGGGCAACCGCAAAACCAUGACCUACCAGAAGAUGGCAAGAGCCCUGAGGAACUACAGCCGCACCGGCGAGAUCGUCAAAGUGCGCCGCAAGCUCACCUACCAGUUCAACCCGGAUAUCCUGCACAGGCUCGGCUCGGCGCAGGUACCCAUGCACCUGCAGCGCCCGUCUGCGCAGGACGACGCCCACAGUCUGCAGGAAAGCCCGUCCGAGCAGAGCUACCCCGCGUCGGCGGCGGCAGACUGGCACGGCUGGUACGGACACUACCAGCUUCAGGAAGACUACGACCUGGCGGCGAGCUUCACCUCACACAGCUCAGCCAAACUGUGAGCCGACAGGCAGCAGAUCCUGAAACUGUUUUGUCGUUUGGAGGGAUUCUCUAAAAGACUCUCGUCUGCAUGUUGCACCUAAAUGUUCUGUGGAUGAUCAGCUAAAAGCAGCACACGAUGUGGUCCAGUCAUUUCAGCAGUUUCUGUAAAUAAUCUGUAAAUAUUGUCAAAAAUGAUGUUGAAAUUGAAGUAAAAGAUUAUGUUCUCGUUUU